CGUUUCCUCGUGGUUUUCGUGCGCUGGGAAAGUUGUACGGUGCCUGGAUGUCUCCAGACCGGAGGAGGUAGAGCCCGCAGCGAUAAAACAAUGGGAAGUGCUGUUCUUUGGCGGAGCAGCUUAUCUGUCAAACUGGUGUCUGUCUGCUUGCUGUGUGCAUCAGUUGGAAAGCAAUGUCAGAUCCGAAAUGAAAUGGCUGACUGCAGUCACCUAAAGCUGACUCAAAUUCCUUCUGAUCUCCCAAACAAUAUAACAGGUUUGGACAUUUCUCAUAAUCAGCUAAGGCAGCUAGGUCCUGCAAAUCUGACCAAGUACAGCCAGCUGGUUUACUUGAACGCAGGCUACAACAGCAUCUCUAAACUGCAACCGGAAUUGUGCAAAAAUGUGCCCCUGUUGCAGAUUCUGAAGUUAGAACAUAACGAAUUGUAUAAGAUCCCUGAUGGAGUCUUUGCUUCCUGCACCAACCUGACUGAGCUCAAUCUAGGAUACAACAGAAUAGAUACAAAAAAUGAUCCUUUCAAAACUCUGGAGAACUUGAAUAUUUUGGACCUAUCUCAUAAUCUUUUGAAGUCGGCAAAUUUAGGAUUGCAGCAACAGUUGAAGAACCUUCGUGUGCUCAUCUUGGAUAGCAAUGAAAUCACUGAGUUAAAAAAGGAAGACUUCAGUUUUCUUAGCAACACCUCAUUGAAUAGUCUUGAUUUGUCAUCAAACCCACUGAAAGAGUUUCAUGUAGGAUGUUUACAUGCAAUCGGAAAUCUGUUUGGCCUCAUACUGAAUGAUGUUGAACUUGGUGAAAAUCGCACAAAGAAACUUUGUACAGAAUUAUCAAACACGGCGAUUCAGAACCUCUCACUAAGCCAUGUGAAGCUUUCGUAUGUUGGCAAGUCAACUUUCCAGGGACUGCAAGGAACAAAUCUUACAGUUUUAAACCUUUCCCAAAAUUCUCUGUCUGUGAUAGAAGAUGACUCAUUUCAGUGGCUUUCAAGUUUACAAUACUUAAACCUGAAGCAUAAUAACUUUCAUAUAUCUUCACGUUUAUUUUAUGGAUUAUCCAGCCUCAAACAUCUGAAUCUGAUAAAUUCACUUACUGGGAAAAUUGAAGAUUUUUCCUUUCAUUGGUUAUACCACCUGGAGUACCUUAUAAUGGAUAAUAACAAUUUUCCAGGAAUUACUGCUAAUACGUUCACGGGUCUGAACAACCUGAAAUACCUGAGUCUCUGUAACUGCAACAUAAACUUACAAAGAAUAACUAAUAAAACAUUUUCAUCACUUGGUAAUUCCAGUUUGCAAGUUCUCAACCUCACAAAAACAAGGAUCUCUACAAUAGAAAGUGGGGCAUUCUCCUCUUUGGGACAUCUGAAAAUUCUUGAUCUUGGUCUCAAUGAAAUUAGUCAAGAGCUCACAGGUCAUGAGUUUAAAGGUCUCAAUAAUAUACAAGAUAUUUAUCUUUCCUAUAACAAAAACUUGGCUUUGCAAAGUGAAUCAUUCAUUUUUGUCCCAAGCCUUAGAAAACUGAUGCUGAGGAAGGUAGGUUGCAGUAAUCUGGCACUUUCUCCUUCACCUUUUCAUCCUCUACAAAAUCUGACUGUCCUGGACAUCAGCAAUAACAACAUAGCAAACAUAAGAGAAGACUUGUUUGAUGGACUUCACAAACUUGACAUUCUGGAUUUGCAGCACAAUAAUUUAGCCCGACUCUGGAAACAUGCAAAUCCAGGUGGCCCUGUUCUUUUUUUAAAAGAUCUUCCCAACUUGCGCAUUCUUAAUUUAAAAUCAAAUGGGCUUGAUGAGAUUCCAGUUCAGGUUUUCAAGGGUCUGUUUCAACUAAAAAACUUGGAUUUAGGAUCAAAUAAUUUGAAUAUGCUUCCAGCAACUCUGUUUGAUGACCAAACCUCUCUGAUUUCAUUGAACCUUCAGAAAAAUCUCAUAACCUCAGUUGAAGAAAAAGUGUUUGGCCCAGCUUUCAAGAGCUUGAGAAUACUAGAGAUGGAUUCCAAUCCAUUUGAUUGCACCUGUGAAAGCAUUGCUUGGUUUGCUGAUUGGCUUAAUGUGACCCAAGCAUAUAUACCUGGAUUGCAGUCCCAGUACAUUUGCAACACCCCACCUAAAUAUCAUGGUAGUCUGGUGCUGCAUUUUGAUAGCUCAGCCUGCAAAGACAGUGCUCCAUUUAAACUUCUGUUUGUGAUCACUACCUCUAUUGUGAUGCUACUCAUUUUUAUUGUUCUCAGCAUCCAUUUUGAAGGGUGGAGAAUAGCUUUCUACUGGAAUAUUUUAGUGAAUCGAGUACUCGGUUUUAAAGAACUUGACAGACAACAGGAAGAGUUUGAUUAUGAUGCCUAUGUUAUUCAUGCAAAACAGGACAAGAAUUGGGUAUCGAAGAAUUUCAUCUCUCUGGAAGAACAUAACCACUUUCAAAUUAGGUUUUGUUUAGAAGAACGGGACUUUGAAGCAGGUGUAUCUGAAUUUGAAGCCACAAUUAACAGUAUAAAAACGAGCAGGAAGAUUAUUUUUGUUGUGACUGAACACCUCUUACAGGAUCCCUGGUGCAAAAAUUUUAAGGUGUAUCAUGCUCUUCAGCAAGCUAUUGAACAAAGUCGGGACUCCAUCAUAUUGAUCUUUCUUCAGGAUAUCCAAGAUUACAAGUUGUAUCAUGCACUUCACCUGAGAAGAGGAAUGUUCAGAUCUUGCUGCAUCUUGAACUGGCCAGCCCAGAAAGAACGAGUCAGUGCAUUUCAUCAGCAAUUAGUGAUGGCACUUAAAUCAAAUAGUAAAGUGAACUGAAUUUUGAAAGUACAGAUUUGAAUUAUGAAGUCAUUUAAUUGCAUAUUUUCUAUCAUUGGAAAACUAACAAGCCUUCAG